AUACGGUGGGACCUGAACAAAUUAUGGAUGUGGUGUCUAGAUGGACUGGAAUACCUGUGACCAGAUUGUCAAAGACGCAAGCUGAGCGACUGCUUGACUUGGCCAAUUCAUUGAAAAAACGAGUAGUUGGGCAAGAUGAAGCAGUCCAGACCAUCACUGAUGCCAUAUUACGUAGCAGAGCAGGAUUAGCAAGAGAGAAUCAACCAUUAGGAUCAUUUCUGUUCUUGGGGCCCACUGGUGUUGGUAAAACCGAACUUAGUAAAGCGCUCGCACAAGAGCUUUUUGAUGAUGAAAAAUAUAUAAUUAGAAUUGAUAUGUCAGAGUAUAUGGAAAGUUAG